AGGUGGAGGUUUGUGCAUUUAUAUUAACAAUGCUUGGUGCAUGAACUCCACUACUACUGAGAGUCACUGCUCACCUAAUGCGGAGUUUUUAAUGGUCAAAUGCAGACCUUAUUAUCUCCCCAGAGAACUCACCUCUAUCAUACUCACUGCCGUGUAUAUCCCCCCCGAUGCUAAUGCUAGGUUGGCCAUGAAAGAACUUUCUGCAGCCAUUAACAAACACCAGAAUAAACACCCCGAGGCUGCUUUUAUUGUUGCUGGCGACUUCAACCACACCAACUUAAAGACAGUCCUCCCCAGAUUCCACCAACAUGUUUCCUGCCACACCAGAGGAGACAAGACUUUAGACCAUGUGUAUUCCAACCUGGCUGGAGCCUACAAAGCCACACCCCUCCCCCACAUUGGACAAUCGGACCAUCUCUCCCUGUUCCUCACACCUCGGUAUUCACCUCUCAUCCAACGUGUGAAACCUGCUGUGUGGACAAUUAAAGUGUGGCCAGAGGGGACAGACGCAGUGCUCCAGGACAGAUUUAAAAACACAGACUGGAAUAUGUUCACCCACACAGACCUGGACCAGUACGCCUCAUCUGUACUGGAUUACAUCUCCGAAACCACAGACAGUGUCACCACCCAGAAACGGAUCACCAUGUACCCCAACCAGAAGCCUUGGAUGAACCGGGAUGUUCGUCUCCUCCUGAAGGCCCGCAACACCGCCUUUAGGUCAGGAGAUGCACACGCCUACAGCACAGCCAGGGCUAAUCUAAAGAAGAGCUCUGCAAGCAGAAUGGACGUAAUGUGGAAAAAGGAGCUGCAGAUGGAACUGAAGGACUCAGUGUAUAGUUUUACCUGCGUCUCAGGUGAUGGUAUGUGGGUGUGGUCACAGUCUAUUUACCUGAUGUCGGUGUUCGCAGCAGGUGUGUUGGGUGAGUGGUUUGUGGGCAAACUUUUCUGUUGA